AUGCCUAAUAGAAAUUCAAUUUUAUUCAAUUAUGACUACGCUGCUGAUUUUAUCCGUCGUCGUCCGUCAUUGAGAAGCAGGCAUAAAUCAUCAUUGAACACAGUUGCAACUUUAAGAUCUGUAAAUCAUACAAAGAAAUAUUUUCUUCGUAAAACUAAAAGAAUAAUUUUUACGCCAAUUAAAAAAGUCGUUAAAACAAUUGAUUAUCAACAACAACACGGAAGCCAUGGCAAUGAUGUCAACACCACAUCUGAUGACGAUAAUCAUUCUAAUAGCUCCUCAUCGUCUUAUUCCACCCUUCGAAGAUACUCAAAAGCGAUGAAUCCGGUGAAUAUAGUAAGCGUAAUUAUUACAAAAAGAAAACAUGGUAAUAUCGUCGCGCCUCACACCAAAUUGCCUCAUCCUUCCCAAGAAGAAGUUGAAAAACGCGAAGCAGAACGAUUGAAAAAUGUUGAUGAAAAAACUGGAAAACCAAAAGAAGGUGGAUCUGCCGCCAGAGCUCAAACAGGCGCUACAACUACGUUGGAUGAAGUCAGACCCACUUCGAAACGAGUCUAUCAAAAAUAA